AUGCAGAGAGGGAGGAAGAGGAGCAACAAGAGGAGACACAGAAUGAAGGGAAGGAAGAAGAGGGAUAUAGAAAAGAACAAGGUGAAGACCAACAACAGGAGGACAUCCAAUCUGAGGUGGAGCCAGGAUCUUUAUCUUAAAGUGGGAGGUGAGCUGGUGUUGAAACCAGACAAGUCCACAGUGCCUGACUCCAUCACAAGCAUCGUAUGGAAGCAUGGGAAGUACAAGGUGGCAGAGUGGGACAAUGAUUUUGGUGGUCUGGACAUCUAUGGUGCCUUCAAAGAGCGUACAACCCUGGACCAGACUACUGGAGAGCUGAGAAUCAGUGGAUUGAUUAAAACAGACAUUGGAGUUUAUUCUGUGGAGUUCAACAGCAAACUGCUUGACAAGACAUAUACGCUAUCUGUUAUCAAGGCAGUCCCCAAACCCACAAUAAUUUCUUCCUGUAACCCAGACAAAACCUCCUGCACUCUGACCUGUGAAGGUGACACCACUGAUGCUGAACCAGUCACCUACAGCUGGAAAGUGGGAGAGGGGGUGUGGGAGGUCUUAGACAAACAGAAGAAUGUCUCUAAGAGCAACACUGACAAAUCAACCAACAGUUACAAGUACAUCUGCAAGCUGAAGAACUCUGUUAGUGGGGAAGUCAGUGAGCCAGUUGGAGAGGUGUUUGGCCCAGAAGGGAACCAUGAAGAGGAGCUUGGAGAGGGCAAGGGGGAGGCUGAUAAAGCAGCAGAGAAGACCUGAUUCAUCAAGUAUCAUUAAGCCCAAUCAAAUAUCCAAUGUCAUUAAAACAUGUAUCCCAAUUUACAGUCAAGCAACAUUUGUCAGUUGUGUUAAUGUUAUGAACUACAAACAAUCUAUGGUUCUUGGAGUCAAUGAAUCAAUUGAAAGUGACUACAAUUAGACAUUUUAAAACUGUGUCAGUAAAGAUGACAAAAAAAGUAAUCUGCUCUUAUGGUUCUGUUUACAUUUCUUUAGACAUUUCAAUCCGACACUCUUGUUAAUGUUUGACGUCAGGCAAAACGUCUUCAGCCACCGAAGGACGGAGAGCCGCUGGUUGGCAUUUUUGACUGCAGUGUCUGUGUGGGUGUACCAGGAAAGGACGUUAGAAGUUAGGUCCCCAUGAUAUCGAAGCCUCUUACCAUCUCCACUGCAGCCCAAUCGAUAUCAAUUUUAAAAACUGGAACAAUAGAUAUCGUGUAGCAAAAAUGUCACUGGAACAACUCCAGUUUGCCUAUUCUCCCAACAAAUGUAAAUUAUACAUUUUUACAUACGUCAGAGUGCAUUUUCUUUUAUAGCUCUGCUUUCUAUGCCAUCCUGACCCACAAACUGGUUAGCAGACUCAGGGCUCUGGGUGGAAACCCUGUAAUAACAAAUUAGAUUUUUUACAUUAUCACAAGAAUGUGUAUCCCCAGAAUGGACCCGACACUACCAUGGUACACCUGAUCACGAGUACAUGAAGGAGCUGUGGGACCUGACAUAAUGGUGAUAGGACAACAGUCUUAGCGUAAGCAAAACAAAGUAGAUGGUGAUACUUGACCAUUCUCCCAUCUACUGUACAUUGACAUGGAGAUGAUCAGCAGCUUCCAGUUCCUGGGCACCCUGAUAUCCUUUUCUGCCCUCAGUUACUUCACUCAAAGUCCCACUUGUGCUUCUCCACUACCUUCAAACUUGCGGCACCACGACCUAUGUACCAAGUACAGUGUGUUUUUAUUGCCAUAACAUGUAAAUGAAAUGUCCAUAUUUACUGUAAGAUGUAUUUAUGGUAACAUUGCACAUUGUAACAUAGUCCCUUGACAUACAUGACUUAACUACUUUGCAUAAUUCUCAGUUUACCCACUCUAAGAAAUCAUACAUAUAUUAAAGCUGCAUUAUGUAUUACUGUG